AUGGCGGCGGCAGCGGGGGCCGCCGCUCCCCCUCUUCGAUCCUUUGCGGAUGUUCUCUCUGAAAAAACAGAUGUCUCCCCUCUGAAACCGCCGGGCAAAUUCAAAGGUAUGCCAGCUGUGGCUUUUACAGAUCAAGACAUUCACCACUUCGCCCAAGAAUUCAAAUUUGCGCUGAUUGGUAAAUUCGCCAAAGGUCGCCCUUCAAUGGCAGAUCUCCGCAAAGCUUUUGAUCUGAUCGGGUUUGGCGGAGCUUUUUCGAUUGGUUUGAUAGAUAAUCGUCAUGUUCUUAUUAACUUCGAUCUCGAGGAAGACUUUCAGCGGUGCUGGCUUCGCAAAUCUUGGUCGAUUCAAGGUUUCUUUUUGCACAUUUUUAAAUGGUCACCAGACUUCAGGCCAGAUGUGGAAUCCCCCAUUGUUCCUGUUUGGAUUGCUCUCGAGGGCCUUCCACCUCACCUGCAUGUUAAACGAGCAAUCUACUCGAUUGCCAACCUCAUAGGGACCCCCUUGAAAGUAGACAACUCCACACUGCUACGCAACAGGCCAUCUACAGCAAGAGUAUGUGUAGAACUAAACGUCAGCAUCCCGCCUCCAGAGCAAGUUUGGAUCACAAAUGGCUCAUAUGGAGAUUUCGCCCAACUGGUCAUCUAUGAACACAUCCCGCAAUAUUGUAAGACUUGCAGAAAAUUUGGUCACCUACAGUCCGUAUGUAGAAGCGGGCAUAACGACAAACCCACCCCAACUCCUCACCAUGGCCAGAUUCAAUCUCAAGACACUCAUUCGCCUCCUCAGCAAUCUACACCAACUAUUGUCCCCCCAAGAAAAAGAUGGCGACCAAUCAUGAAACAACCAGUUGAUCAGCAAGGGAGCUCAUCUGAGUUUACAUUCCCGACCAUGGACUAUGAUGACUACUCCCAGUUUUUGAUAGGCGAAGACCCCUACGUUCCUGGCUACGCUCCUGAUUCUCCUGCUCCUCCUUGUUUUGGAAGGACUCGUUUUGUGUAA